CCGCAGGUUCAAUAGUUGGGUGACUUUUGUAUAUUCUCUCACUUUAUAUGUUAUAGAUGAUCAAAACAACCAACUAUUAUUUUGAUCUUGCAUUUUAAAUAGUUUAUUUGUUAUCCGGAGAGAAGUACAAAGACCCAUGCGAUGGCGACAUCAGACGAUGGAGAGUUUUACAUCGAGCUGUGUAAGACGCCGAUUCGAUUUGAGCCCAUCAACAAAGCCAACAACAUCUUCUUUGACGAUGCCAACAAACAGGUGUUUGCCGUGAGAUCUGGUGGAGCCAUGGGCGUCACGGUGAAGGGGCCAGAUGAGAAGUCUGCCGUUUCAUUCAGAAUCGAGGACAGGGGUGAUGUUGUUUCAAUAAAGUUUUCUCCUGACAAGAAAAUCUUAGCCAUCCAGAGAUCUCAAAAAUCAGUGGAGUUCAUCAACUUCCACAAUGACAUGUCAACAGAUCAGAUGGAGUAUUCACAAAUAUGCAAGGGAAAGUCGACCCAGAUCAUUGGAUUCAUAUGGACUUCGGUCAACGAGAUUGCUUUCAUCACAGACCACGGCAUAGAACACUACCAGAUCACCCCAGAGAGGAGAAGUCUGCGCAACUUGAAGACAGUCAGUCUGCAGGUCAACUGGUUCGUGUGGCUGGCAGAGACGUACAUCCUGGUGCUGUCGUCCGGGACGCUGGGGAACACACUGCAUCCCUUCCAGUUCAGGCCAGGUCUGGUGAAUCGGCUGCCCAAGUUCGAGGUGGACCUGCCGGUUGUCCCCAAACCUGCUAAACUCAGUCUGCUGGAGCGAGAUGUCAUCGUGGCCAACAUCUACGACUACCUGUACAUCGUCGUGCUGCGCCACCAGCCGAAGGCCGCCGUGGGGGCCGAGAUCGUGCUGUAUCAGCUACAGAAGGAGAGUCCAGCAAAGAGAACCGAAGUGCUCCAGUUGAACAUGAGUGGCCGUUUCGCCAUCAACAUCGUCGACAACCUCAUCAUGGUGCACCACCAGGCUUCCAAGACGUCGAUGAUAUUUGACAUCAAGAUGGAGGGAGACUCGGACGGCUUCGUCAAGUACCACUUCCCAGUGUUGUCUCCCCUGCCUAUCAAGCCAUUCAAACUCCUCCUGCCCUCCCUGAAUCUGACGGCAGCAGGCACGGAGAAGACGGAGUACCUGUGUGAACUCUACUCUGCCAACUGGAUUGUGUUCCAGCCCGAUGUCGUGAUUGAUGCCAAGCUUGGUUGCCUGUGGUAUAUCAAGCUUCAUCUGGAGCCCUUGGUCACCAUGCUGCCUGACAAGUGCAAGUUGAUCCAGUUCCUGCUGUGUCGCCAGGAGAGCAAGAUGGUGAUCCUCUCCGUGUGUCGGCAGAUGCUGGUGCCGGGGCAGCAGGUCAACCUGCACAUCAUCUCCCAGGUGUACGACAUGCUGAACCACGUGUACAAGGCGUACCGGGACGUGGAGUCGCAGGCCAUGGCAGGGGAGAUAUCAACAGCCAUGACCAAAUUUUGGAAGAGGAAGGUGAUCAUUGACCAGUCGGACAUGUACACGCAUGUCUUCUCCGUGUUCGAGGACUGCAAGGACAUCAAGUACAAGUUUAUGGUGGCAGUCCUCAUAGAGUACAUCCGAUCACUGAACCAGUUCAACAUUCCAGUGCAGCACUACCUAUACGAGCUGAUCAUCAAUAUCCUCGUCCACAACAACUGCUUCUACCAGCUCCAUCAGUUUCUGCAGUACCACGUCCUCAGCGACUCCAAACCCCUGGCCUGUCUCAUGCUGUCACUGGAGAGUGUGUAUCAGCCGGCCCACCAACUGGCUCUCGAUAUGCUCAAGAGACUUCAGACAGCCAAUGAGGAGAUCAUCGAGGUCCUGUUGUCCAAGCAGCAACUCCUGCCGGCACUCAGGUUUAUCCGGAGUGUGGGGAUCCAGGACACGGUGUCAGCCCGUAAGUUCCUGGAGACAGCCAUGCACACACAGGACAACAUGCUGUUCUUCACCGUCUUCAAGUUCUUUGAGCAGAGAAACCUCAAGCUGAAGCUCAACCCCCGCUUCCAACCAGGGGACUACUGUGAGCAGUAUGUGAGGCAGUUUGAGUCGCUGUUCGGCACGGAUGCCCUGUCUCCCAUCCCGCCCCUGGCGUGAUCAGCCAACAUCACCGGAGCCAACAUCACCGGAGCCAACAUCACCUGACCAGCUCUUCAGGGAACAUGUGCAAUCUCCGCUCACCUGGCACACAGACCAGUCUCAUAAGAAACAAAGAUGCUGCAUAAAUAACAUUGGCCCGACCUCCAUGUACAAACCAAGUCAUCCAUCUUGUGAUUAUUAAUGACAUACUUGUUAUUCAUGAGAUAUGGUAAAGUGUAAUAGUAUCAACAACCACUGAACAUGAGGCUUUCCCAACUUUCUGGCAGUAUGCCAAGAGGCUGGACGAAAACAAUGUUAGGGUUCAUUUUUGUUUUGGUUUGUGAAUCGGUCUGGCCUGAAUAUAUUGUUUUCUCAAACUUUUUUUUCGCAGCUGGCCUGAAUAUAAUGUUGUUUAUACCUUUUAACAAUUUGUUGUCCAGAGUACAAAAGUUGAACUUUCCGAGUUACGACUACACACUGUGGUUGUCACAUUGUAGUUCAGUACCCAGCGACAUCCUUGUGAAGCAGAAGGUGGCAGAUACCUAUUGUGAAUGCACGGACACAAAUAAAAUCAUUUGUGAAACUGUG